UUGUGUGCGUGUGUGUGUGUGUGUGUGUGUGUGUGUGUGUGUGUGUGUGUGUGUGUGUCUCGUGUAGGGGGAGUCCUUCCUGAGCAAGCUCAGGAUCAAGAGGCCCUUCACCAGCGUCACAUGACUGUAUGUGUGCGUACGCGCCGUGGCUGCCAGUGAACAUGGCGGAUGAGAACGCAGAAGCGGAGCUCGACUGGAGCGGCCAACCAAGCCUGCUCGACGAGGACACAUUUUUCGCCAUGGAGGGUCUCCAAGCCACCCUUCAGCAACUCGAGGCCGAGCUUCGGCAGAAAGACAUUUCUGAACAGUCGUCUACCGAGUAUUGCGAUAACUUCUGUCAGGCUCUAAUGCACUUUGCCGGGAGCAGGAAUUCCGUGGAAGAUGGAUUGGCUCUAUUGGAGGUCUACUGUCUGUCAAUCAACUGUUUUGCUGCGGCUAGGCCUCAUCUUACAGCUGAUUCUCCCAGUGUUACCCUUGUGCUAAAAAGACUUGCAUUGAGUUGCCUUGAAUUGUUGUUGUCAGUGCCUCAUAAUGAAAUACCUUUGGAAGCUUGGCUGCAAUUCCAUGGCUCAGUUCAGGCAGCUCAUGAGGCCAUGUUGCAGUAUGGAAGUACAGAUCUACAAGCCUUGCUAAACAUAACAGGGGAGGGUGGUGCAUGGAAUAACCCUGUCCUGGUCUCACUUCUUACGGGCCAGCCCACAGACCCAGAUGAGGUGAAUGACUUUCUUGUUCUGGAGGGAGAGGGUUUCAUGGAAAUGCGGAUAAAACAUCUCGAGAAAGUAGGGGAGGUGGAGAAGGCCCUAAUUCUAAACAAAGCCUGUGCUAACUGCACCCUCCUGCCCAACCAGGCCACCUUUCGCCAAACCUUUGUCACCCAACUGUGCCAGAUGUUGCCUAGUGAGGAAGCAAUUAUAGAGAUUUGUAGAAUAGAUGGUAAGGAUGUUCUGGAUCUUAUUUGCAACAUGGAAACUGAGGGCGAUGAGAAUACAGCCUUCAUUCUGUGCACCACCUAUUUCACACAACAGCUACAGCAAGAGAGCUUGUAUUGCGCCUGGGAGUUAACCCUUCUUUGGAGCAAACUUCAGAGAAGAAUUGAUGCGUCCCUUGAAUCGUUUUUUGAACGCUGCCUUCAGUUUGGAGCCAUUGCAAAGACGAUCUACCAUCUCCUAUUCCUGAUUCGUGUAAUUCAGACAGAGGCAAUGCAACUUGGCCUAGCAAUAUCAGUUGAACUGUGUGUGAAGGCUUUUCGGCUUCCACGGCAAGAAGAUAUAGAUGCUAGAACAAUGGUCUGCAAAACAGUAGCAUGUCUUCUUCCUGAGGAUCUUGAAGUGAGACGUGCUUGCCAGCUCACAGAAUUCCUCUUAAGUCCCUGUCAGGAAGCCUUUGACAUCCUUGAGGAGCUUUACGCGCAACCCGAUCAAAAAUAUGAUGAGGAGAAUAGCAUUAUUCCAAAUUUCUUGCGAUGCGAGUUGCUACUCUCUCUGAAAGCACACUGGCCCUUUGACCCUGAAUUUUGGGACUGGAAAACAUUGAAGCGGCAUUGCGUAGGAUUACUGGGGCAGGAACCUGAGGAAGAGGUGGAGGAUGAAGCAGUGCCUGAGGAGCAAUGUAAUCUAGAAACAGUUUUAAAUGAACAAGUGGGAACGGAGGAGGAAGAUAAGGGUGAAAUAAAUAGACUCCGUAGCGCUGAACAAGAACAGACAGCGGAAAAUGUGGAUACGGAAAAAAAACAGGAAGUCUUAAACAAAAAGAUUGGACUACCUCUCUCUCAGCGGUCAAUGAAGUGGCAGCAGUAUAAAGUUCUCUGCAAGAUAUGCCAUAAAGAAAUGGUUGAAGUACGAAUUUGUCACCAUGCUAAAAAACAUGUGGAGAACAAUGUGUGGACAUGCCCUGUUUGUCUACAAAAGUUCAAAAGUAGACAGGAGUUUGUGCAACACUCAAAAAAACAUAUUCAGAUGCCCUCAAGGGUCCGACACUUCAAAAAGAAAAAAGUGAAGAAGAAGGUUGUUAGCCUGAAAAACGAUUUCAAGGAAGAUGGUUUCGAUGACCUAGAGCCUGGUCAGAUUCCUUUAGAUCCUUCCCUGGCCAUGUACUAUCAGUCCACCCAUGAUCCUGUUGUAUUAGAACAUAUAUUAGAACAAGCAGCCUGUGUGCCUAAAAAACAAGUAGAAGAUGACUAUAUCACAUUUGACUACAUCAGCACAUACUUCAAACUACAGGACCGUGAUGUUUACCAGUGUCCAGCUACUGCCUGCUCAAAGAACUUCAAACUCUUCAAGUACUUGGGUGUGCACCUUAAAAAUGAGCAUGAUAGCGAAGACCCCAAUGUAAAACAUUACCUGGAGAUGAAAGACCGUCGGGAGAAGUGCACUUUUUGCAGGAAGACCUUCAUGACUCCCUACCACCAUCGCAAGCACCGGCGGGUUCAUUAUGGAGAGCAUCCUUACAUGUGUGUGGUGGCUGGAUGCAGUGCUCGUUUCGAUACCACAACUGAACUUGUCUUGCAUAAACAAAGUCAUGGAUUUCGUUUGUCCUACAGCUGCGAGCUGAAAGGCUGUAGUAUCUCUUACUGUGACCUCGGGCAGCUCUACCACCAUGAGGCACAACACUUUCGCGAUGCUGCUUACACUUGCACCGGUCCAGGGUGCAAGCAGUUUUUUUACUCUUGCAAAGAAUUUGUAAAGCACUUGACCACCCAUGGCAUCACUUUCACUGAGAAAGACUUUGAGAUGCAGAGGAAGGUGAAAAGAAAAGUUUUGCUGCCAGUUGUUGGAGAUAAUACGGGAUCCGAAUUAGAAAACGGUGCCCAGAAAAGUUUAUCUUUGCCACGCUUGGAAUGUAGUGAAUCUAAGGCCACAUUGACUUGUGUUGCUGUCUGCUUUGAUGGCAAAAAAUUUACUUGUGGCUUAAAAAGGUGUGGAAGGAACUUCACUACCGCCAGAGAACUUCAGAGGCACUUGAAAAAUGCCCAUAAAGACGAAUUUAAUAAGGAAGAUAACUUGUGCAAGAAAAAAGUACAAGCAAAGCAGUCUCAGUCACAAGAUAAUAAAUUGCAUAAAAAUAACCAUAAUGGCAUUAUAAGCAGUUCAUCUACAGAGGAAUCGAAUAAAAAAAAGGCUGUUUCAGCUGUUGCUGAAUCUUUAGAUUGUGACAGAACCCCUUCAAACGUGGAACUCAGUGCAACACUAUCUGAGAUCAUGCAAGGUUUUAGUCAGCUAAGCCUUACUUCCAGUGGACGACAUGUUGGACGUAAUUCACACAGAUCUGUUUCAGUUUCUAAUUUGCCAGUGGUCGUAUGCCCCCCUACCUUGAAUGUAAAGUCACCUGCCAAAGCACCACCAAGCAACAAAACUGAGGUGAGAUCUCACGUACCAGCUAGUGAUUCAAAGAGAAUCCCAACCAAGGAGACUCCAGAAAAGCUUGAUGAUGAAAAAGAUUCUGUUAAGGAGAAGCAGGAGGAACAACAUGAUCAGCCUGCAACCAAGCCUUACACAUGUGAAGCUGAAAGCUGCUCCUACCAAAGUGUUUCCAUUUGCACUCUAAUGCAGCACUAUAUUAAAGUUCAUCAUUACUCUGAGGAGGAUGUUAAACAGAUGAAGGUGGUUAAGUCGGAAACAUUCAAACCUUCUGAAACCCCUGAUAACAGUAAAGAUAAGGUGUCGCAGCAGGAUCAAUCGCAGAGCGAGUUUCUUGUGCAGGCCACAACAAAACCUUACACCUGUGAGGCCAAAUCAUGCCAAUACCAGAGUGUUGCAAGUCAUUCUUUAAGGCACCACUAUAUUAAGAUUCAUGGCUAUUCUGAGGAAGUUGUUAAACAGAUGGAAGUGUUUAAGUCACAGACAUUCAGGCCUUUCAAGUGCCAUCUCUGCUCCAAGAACUACAAAAACAAGAAACAACUUAAAAUUCACUAUAUAAAUAUCCAUCACAUUAAAAAAGCUAUUGUUGCACAGAUGAGCUGCACAUUUAAAGGGAAUCUGGGUGGAAAAGCACCCGUGUUGUCCUCAUCGAAAAAAAAAAAGUCGUCCUCACAGUCUUUAAAGAUGGUUGAGGUUAAAGCCCAAAGAAGUGACAAUCACAUUUCGCAACAGAGGUGCCAAAAACGAGAGAGCCAAGUAGGUAGGAAAAACGGCCAAGUUAAGACUGAGAAGACACGGCCGGAGAGCAGUGACAGUUCAUCAACGCAGGAGCAGGUCACUUCGGAAGGUAACGCAACAUUUGAUGUUAGGGGAAGUAGCCGCCCGGGGACAAAGGGAAAUCUGAGCUACAUCCUCAAUAAAUACAACAAAUCAUUUCACUGCGUACACAAAAACUGCAAAGCUGCCUUCUCCGCUAGAAAAAGUCUUGCGAGACACCUUCAGUUUGUACAUCACUAUAACCACUCACAAUUGUGCUUCCCGUGCGAUCAAAAAGGAUGCGGUAAGCAGUUCAGCCACUACUCUAGUCUUACUCGUCACUACCGCAAAGAGCACAACCUCAGCCAGGAAUUUUAUUCUUCAAAAAAACAGAUGGCUACGUCGGAGGAGCCCAUACCGAUGUUUAAGUGUACCUAUGCUAACUGCAACCAGUCCUACCAUCUCAACAGCAGCCUCUUGCGUCACACAAGUCAGUUUCACCAGAACCAAUCUCCUGACUCUGAGUUUAAGCCAAGCUAUAACAAACGUGUGUUUUAUCGACAUUGUGAUCCAUCUGAUUCCCUUGUUGUGCGACUUCAAAGUAACCCUAAAAAAGAUGAGUCGAAUAGUGGAUGCCAAACAAAGCUGAUCAUCUCACCCCCCUCCCAACAGUCAAAAGACUCACCUCCCAGGCAGUCUUUGAGGUUCUGCCAAGAGGAUCCAACAAUUACGAAGUCUGAGAACUUCGAACCCUCUAAAGAAUCGGCAGAGGAGACGGAUGAAGCACCUGCACAACCGAAAUCCCCAAGAAAAAAUGCAUUUGAUCAAAUUGUCUAUCGAGCACAUGAGGAGGCAUUGCAGAUGUGCCAAGAUCGCUGCCUGCCUGCGGCCUUCCCUUGCAUGGUACAGAACUGUGACUCAGUGGUGACGAGGAUGAGUAGUCUGCAUCGACAUUACAUCAGGUGUCACAAAUUGUCACGCAAACAGUUGAUGGACAAUGCGGACAAGUUGUGUUACACUACUGAACAGCUAGAUGAGAUUAUACAGAAGAAAUCUGCAGUGUCUGCCAUUCCCGACUUAACAAGGAUUCCAAGCGGUGUCCUCAAAAUGGAGUAUCAGUCCGAGCCGCCAACUCCAGGUGGCCCGUCACUGCCUAUGAGCCUCCAUUCAAUCAAAACCGAAUCAAUGGGUCAGGAUGCGAUCGGGAUUUCAGGAGAGCCAUGUCCUGACAGCGGUUUUCUAAUUGCUGCGGAUGACUUGCUCUAUGGAGAAUCAAGUGGGCAUCCUGAAGAGCUCAUUUCGGAGGAGGGUGGAAGCCACAAAGAAAAGUCAGAGUUAACAGCGCCUCCCCUUAUACGCCCUCCACUGCUUGACCUGUCUCCACCCUCUACUCUCAGAAUAGCUGUUGAUGACAAUUCAGUAGAAACCUCUGGUAAAGACAAUUGUAAUAAAACUGUUAACAUUCCCUCCGCUGUUUCCAUAUCAGUUCCCAACCCAACUCGGCAGCCCCUCAGAUGGAAGAAUGAACUUUCCGAACCACCACCCGUGGCCCCUCAUUCGCCAAUCUCAAAGGAUCCCUUAACUCACAGUUUAGCUUCACAAGCUUUUGACAUCGGGACUUACAAACCGAUGGGCUUUGAGUCGUCGUUCUUAAAGUUUAUUAAGGAGAAGGAAGAGGAGAUCAAAUUUGACAGGCAGUGGACUGCAGUUGUUACUACUCCUUGCCUCAAACCUGAUCCACCACGUCGACGAGAUUGUUUCCGGCGGAGCUGCUCGGUCAAGGAGAACAAUCGAAGCGGAGCUGCAAUCUCGCGGAGCCGCAGGUUUCGGUCGUCACCUCUAAGACAUUUGAUCUCUAAAGGAGAUUGUACAUCCAUUCAGAAUCUCCGCCUCAUAUUGGAGAGGGCUUUAAGGGGCUGUGGUGACCAAGCUAUUAAACAGCUUCAGUUUUUGAAGCCUGUGGUGGUUCUGGAAAGACCCAAGUCCUCUGCUUCUAUGCUUGAUCUCCUACCGUCUGAAACGAAAGUAUAAGAUGCUGCUUGGCACUAAGGCAGUUAAAACUCUAGCCCACCUUUUUCAUUUGAGAGACUUUCAUAGUAUUUUUUAUAUUGUUGAUACGAUUUUUUUUCUUUGCUCACAGGGUUAGGUACCUUGAUAAAGUUGUAAAUGUUUAUAAAUGUAAAAAAAUGGUCAAAUAAAAAAGAGCUUUUGAAAAUG